UGCUGGGAGGGGGACUGGACAAGAGCUGUGUGCGCCCCAUGCAGAGCUGCAGGACAGGCUAAAGCAGCUGCCAGCUCCAACGUGGACAUGAACAACCUCAGGAAAAUGGGAUUCCUCUGGGGGCUGCUCUGCCUGGCUGCUCUGCACAGCCUCCCAAGGCUGGCAGAUGCCAGUGACCAGCAGCGUCUCUUCCUGGACAAAGAUGGGAAUCUGAGGGAUGUGAAAAGUGCUGGAAUUGCACAGUCACAUGUGCUGGAAACCACCCCAACUCUGCCAAAGGGAAAGCCGGUAGAAUUUACUUAUGACAGCUUCCAGGAGAAGGAUGGACGCAUGUCAGCAUCCACCAGCACCCUGGUAGACACGACUGAUGAUUGGAACUCAAAAGAUGAAGCCGUGGCUGGGGAUGGAGGUUGUCGUGGGAAGAAAUCACCUGGGGAAAAUGCCUCUUCAGAAGAGGAAGGAAAGGCUGGAGAUAAAAGCUGUAAGAUGACUUGGAAGAACAGCCAGAGGCUGGCAGAUGGCCUGAUGAGAUUCAGCAUUGAUCUCCUGAGAGAAGUGCAGCUGGAGUCCAACAGAACCAACGUGCUCCUGUCCCCCCUCAGCAUCGCCCUGGCCUUGUCUCACCUGGCACUGGGAGCAGCAAAUGAGACAGAGAAGCAUUUGCUGGAGGUGAUGCACCUGGAGUCCGUGCCCUGCCUCCACCAGAUGCUGGGCACCCUUCGCAGGAGGCUCACAGAGUCCACCCUGAGCCUUGGGUCACGUCUGUACCUGAAGAAAGGGUUUGAGGUGAAAGAGAAGUUCCUGGAGGAUUCAGAGAAAUUCUAUGGAGCAAAGCCCAUGAUCCUUUCUGGGAUCAGCCAGGACGACCUCGUGGCCAUAAACAACUGGGUAAAGGAAGCCACUCAUGGGCAAAUCCCCUCCUUCCUCCAGCAGCUCCCUGGAGACACGGUGAUGCUCCUGCUCAAUGCCAUCUAUUUCCACGGGUUUUGGAGGAAUAAGUUUAAUGCAGACUUCACUAAGCCAGAUAUAUUCCACCUUAACUAUGAGUUUGUGGUCCCAGUUGAGAUGAUGAAAGCUCAUGAGUACCCCCUGAGCUGGUUUACACUGGAGUCCCAGCAUAUUCAGGUGGCCAAGUUUCCCUUUGAGAGUAAUGUGAGUUUUGUGGUCAUCGUACCAGACCAGAUCACCUGGAACGCCUCUCAAGUGCUGGAGAACUUCCCUUACAAACAACUGUGCAGGCUUUUCCCCAGAGAGGUGCCCACUGCAGUGAAGAUCCCCAAAAUAAAGUUGGACUACCAGCUGGAACUCAACCAGGUUCUCAGCCAAAUGGGCCUCCAGGAACUGUUCAUGAGCCCAAAUCUCCAGAAGAUCACAGAGGAGCCUCUCCUUGUGUCCAGUAUACAGCACCAGGCCACCCUGGAGCUUAAAGAAGAUGGGGUGGAAGCAUCUGCUGCCACCGGUGUUGUGAUGUCACGCUCAUUCUCUGGCUUCAGCCUCGACAGGCCCUUUAUCUUCAUCAUCUUCGAGGAUGAAACAGGGAUCCCACUUUUUAUUGGCAGUGUCCGGAACCCCAGCCCAGAUGCUGUUCCCCAGCUCCGGGAGCCAUGGGAUUCACGUGAAGCCACGGAUGCCAACGAGCACCGUCUGCCCAAAGUUUCCUUAUUGUCUUUUAAGAAAGUUCUUCUAUUUUACUUCAUCAGAUUGCAAAUAAGAAGCAAAGGAUGGACGCAGGUACAUGUAGACACAAGAAACAGCAAACUACUGCCUGAGGCAGGUCCAGGCAUGCAGAUUCCAGUAAUUCUUCUUUUCCUGGGUCUCUUAACUGUCCCAAGCAGAACCCAGAACCCAGCUACUGAGCAGAACUCUGCCACAGCUGAUGGAGCCAAUGCUGGCGAGGAAGAGGAAGAUCCAUUCUACAAGAGCCCUGUGAACAAGCUGGCAGCUGCAGUCUCCAACUUUGGCUAUGACCUGUACCGCCAGCAGUCCAGCCGCACAGCCACGGCCAACGUGCUGCUGUCUCCCUUCAGCCUGGCUACUGCACUUUCUGGUCUCUCACUUGGGGCUGGAGAACGAACUGAAAAUGUGAUUUCUCGUGCCCUCUUCUACGAUCUGCUCAACAAGGCUGAGGUGCACGACACCUACAAGGACCUCCUGAGCAGUGUGGCCGGGCCAGAGAAGAGCAUGAAAAGUGCUUCCCGGAUCAUCUUGGAGAAAAGACUCAGGGCAAGGCCUGGAUUUCACAGCCAACUCGAGAAGUCCUACAAGAUGAGAUUGAGGGCACUGAGUGGCAACACCCAGCUGGACCUCCAAGAAAUCAACAACUGGGUCCGACAGCAGACAAAGGGAAGGAUUAUGAGGUUCAUGAAGGAUGUGCCCACAGAUGUCAGCAUUCUCCUUGCUGGGGCUGCUUUCUUCAAGGGGACGUGGAAAACCAAGUUUGACACCAAGAAGACUGCCCUGAGUGACUUCCACCUGGAUGAGGACAGAACUGUGAAGGUGUCCAUGAUGUCAGACCCCAAAGCCAUCCUGAGAUAUGGUUUUGACUCAGAACUCAACUGCAAGAUUGCCCAGCUGCCCCUGACAGAGGGAAUCAGUGCCAUGUUCUUCCUGCCCACAAAGGUGACCCAGAACAUGACUCUGAUUGAGGAAAGCCUCACUUCUGAGUUUGUCCACGAUGUGGACAAGGAGCUGAAGACAGUCCACGCUGUGCUAAGCCUGCCCAAACUAAAGCUGAACCAUGAAGAAGCACUUGGCAGCACACUAAAGGAGACAAGGCUCCAAUCACUUUUCACAUCACCUGAUUUCUCCAAGAUUUCUGCCAAACCUCUGAGAUUAUCUCAUGUGCAACACAAGGCAAUGCUGGAGCUUAGUGAGGAUGGGGAAAGAUCCACACCAAACCCUGGGGUCAAUGCUGCUCGUCUGACCUUCCCCAUAGAAUACCACGUGGACAGACCUUUCCUCCUUGUACUGAGGGAUGAUACCACUGGAACCCUGCUCUUCAUUGGCAAGAUCCUGGAUCCCAGGGGUGUUUAGAUCCCUUCACAAUAAUCUGCAAUGGUAGGGCCCAAAUGGAAAGGGUGAUAUUGGGAGGGAUACUGGCUCCCUGCUCUGCUGCACAAAGACACAACUUGCAAAUCUUACGCCUUCAUACUGCAAUAAAAGAGCUUUUGCUAUUAAUCUCAGCAAGCCCAAGUAUUCUCCCUUGAAAGGUUGUCUGCCUACACUCCCAAUUUCCCCAGAGAAGGAAUGCAGUUCUGUGUCCUGAAAGCAAACAUUAUCUGGUGUAUGCUGCAUUGUUCCCCAUCCUGUUUUCCAUCCUGACACUAGUUGUUGAUUCUGAAUCCCUCAUCACUGACAGACCUGUACUGGAGCCCUCCAAGUUCUGCAGUGCCCCCUUUUAUAGACUGUAAGUUUGCACUUCCCAACCAUUUCCACUUGACACUGGCAAGAAGGAAAGUGCCUCACAGUAUUAAAAAUAGAAGGCAACGUGC